UUAGUCGGGAUUAGCACCUGUUGCAGUAAGAGGCAUGUGUUGGGUCAUAUGGACACAGGGAGGGAGGACUCAUUUGUAACAGGGCAGGACGCCUAUUUGGGAAAUAAAAUGUUUCGCUUGACUAUCACCAAACUGUGUCGAUUCAGACUGGCUGAGUACCGUCAAAGAAAAGCUCAUGCGGACUCCCAGAAGAAACAGAAAAAGAAGAAGAAAAAGAAGCCCUCCGAGGAUUCUGAGGGAGACUCACAGGGACGGGUCGAGGUCGAGCCGGAUCCGUCUGUGGGUGAAGAAGGAGAAAGAGAGGAGGUUCAGGGUGAAAGACUAGAUAAAUCACAUAAAGGAAGUGGAGAAACACCCACCACAGAGUUUACCUUCACCAAGACGCUGAAGAGCGGAGAGACGAUCAGGCAUGACCAGACCUAUAAGAUAGAGCCUGAAAGCGAAGUAUCCACCACAGCAGAAGACUACUCCUCAGAGGUAAAUGGGUGCCACGAUGAGAUGUCAGAGAACCUAAUGAUGCCUUCAAAGGAUUUUAUCUGGGAGGAGGUGGAGACCCUGCAGGAGCAGACAGAGGGACGUACGGUGCAAGAAAUGGAGGAUGCUCUUGCGGCUAAGACCCAAGCUCUGGAGGAGCUGAGUCAAGAACUUGAGGAAAUCAGGUCUGCCUUCGGUGCUGAAGGCAUGCAGCAGCUGCAGGACUUUGAAGCUGCACUGAAGCAGCGAGAUGGAAUCAUCACCCAACUCACAUCCAACCUUCAGCAGGCUCGCAAGGAGAAAGACGAGAUCAUGAAAGAGUUCUUGGCACUGACCGAAAAAAGCCAGGAACUUCAGAUCCAGUUCCAGCAGCUGCAGGCCGGCGAGGCGCUGAGGAACACCAGCCACAGCAGCACAGCAGUAGAUCUCCUGCAGGCGAGACAGCAGCUUGUUCAGUACCAGCAGCAACUGGAGGAGAUGAGCGUGGAGGUCAGAGAGCAGGAGGAGAAAAGCAGGAAACAGCUGCAGCUCAUCAGUCACCUCCAGCAGAAGCUCAGUGAGGUGGAGAUGUCAGGGAGAAGAUCAGAGGAGUCAUUUGCACAAAGGAUAAACGAAAAGGAGCUUCUGACUGCCGAACAAGAGAAGGUUAUUUUGAGUCAAGAGGAGUCACGAAGGAAAGCGGAGGAAGAGUUUGCACAAACAAUGAAAGAUAAACAUCAGUUUAUUUCAGAACAAACUGCAAUAAUUAAAGAACAUGAGCAGUCAUUGACCCUGCUCAGACAAGAACUUGUUCGUGCAGGAAGGACUAGAGAAGAAAAGAUCAUUAAUGACUCUGCUGAGAAAGACCUAAUUAUUGCAGAGAAGGAUAGGGUCAUUUCUGAACGUGACUCUUCUCUUAUCCAGUUAAAAGAUGAGCUGAAAAACUCAGAAAAACAUCUGCAUGAGCUUCAGCUAGAAGUUGCUUUAAAGGAAUCUGACCUUGAAAAAUGUCUGGAUGAGUUAGGAAGCACAAAAUCAGAAUUAUUAAGCUGUAAAGGUCAAAUUGAGAGUUAUAAAUUAGAGCUAGAAAAAGAACAAAAGGAGUUAGAAAGCUGUAAGGGUGACCUCGCAACCUUCAGACAUAAAGAAAAAAUGUCUUCCAAUGAAAUCAAGCAGCUCAUGGGCACAGUAGAAGAUCUACAAAAACGCUGCCACAGGGGAAGCAUGUCAGAGAGCGACACCAUCCAAAGAAUGCAGGAAGAGACCUUGAGGAAGCUUGAACUUCUCAGGGCCGAGCUGGAUGAAAUGUACGGCCAGCAGAUAGUCCAGAUGAAGCAUGAGCUCAAUCUGCAGCAUGCAGCAAGAAUGCAGCAAAUGACUGAGCAACAUCAGGUUGAGGUUGAGCUUCUAAAAGCAGAUCAUCUAUCUCAAAGUUCAAAUCUCAGCAAAGGAGAGGUUGAAACUCUGAAUGCAAGAAUAAGGGAACUGCUGGUCGCUUUAGAGCAAUCUGAAGCAACUUGCAAUGAAGCCAGACAUGAGCUGAGUCAAGUCGUCCAAGAGAAGUCAAAGCUGCAGGUCAAGAUUAAGGAUCUUCUUCAUGAUCUAAGUGCUGCAAGGCAAGAAGUGGAGCAGGUCUCCACCAGGCUUACCUCUCAAGAAACUACCCAGGGUGACCUGCAGCGCCUCCAGGAGACCAUCCACACCCUGAGGAACGAGCUGUCAGCUGCUCAGGAAGCUGCACUAGAAGCAGAAACCAAACACGAAUCUGAAAUCACCAAUUACAAGAUUAAGCUGGAAAUGCUUGAAAGAGAGAAAGACGCGGUCCUAGACCGAAUGGCAGAGUCGCAGGAAGCAGAGCUGGAACGUCUCAGGACGCAGCUCCUGUUCAGCCACGAGGAAGAGCUAACAAAUCUCAGAGAGGACCUGCAGAGAGAGAGCUUCCUGAAGACAGAGAACCUCCUCAACGAAGCCGCUGUUAGGCAUGAGAAGGCUUUGGAUGAGCUGCAUGUUACUUAUGCUCAGCAGCUGGAUUUGUUACAGAAAGAGAAGACGAGUUACGCUUCAGAAAGGAAUGAACUUCUGCACCAGAUUCACGGGCUCAAAGAAGAUCUGAAGCUCACUUUGCAAAGCUCUAAAGCAGAUCAGCUGGUUCAGCAGCUCCAGGAGCUUCAGGUUGAACUCGAGGAACUUAAAAAAGGUGGCCAAGAACGAGUUAGAAUGCAAAAUGAAAUGCAGUUGUUACUGAAACAGACAGAGGUUCUGGAAAACCAGAAAAAUGAAAGAGAACAGAAACUGAAGGUGAAUGAGCAGGAAAAGGAGACCUUGAUUAAGUCUAAUAAUACUUUAAGAGAAGAGAUGGAGUCAAGACGUUUGAUAAUGGAGAAACUCACAGUACAGAAAAAUCAAUUCCAGCAGCAGCUUGUUGAGCUUUGCGAGGAGAUCGAGAAGCAGAAGACCACUUUCUCUUUUGCGGAGAAGAAUUUCGAGGUAAACUACCAGGAGCUCAAAGACGAGUACACGUGUCUCGCAGAGGCGAAGACGCAGCUCGAAGAGAGGUCGCUCAGGGACACGCUCGAAUUCGAGGCGAAGAUUGCACGCCUUCUGUCAGAGAUCCGAGAGCUCCAGGAGCAGAACAGGGAUAUCGAAACGGAGGAGGCGAAAAGCAAAGGGCACGCUGUGAGGGAUGCGAUGGAGAAGCUUGAUGUUACUUUGAGUGAGAAGAAGAACCUCGCUGACAGGCUCUCUGACGUUACAGGGCAGUUGAUGGUUACAGAGACCAAAGUGAGGCAGUUGGAAGAAGAUCUGGUCAAAGCCAGGGAAGGAAACUCAGAGGUCAUUGCCAAAAACAAAAGCCUUUUAAAGCAACUGGAAAAGAGUGAGCAGAAGAAAACACUUGAGGUGGAAGAGCAAACUGUUGAAGCAGUUUCGUCUUCGGAGGAUCAUCACAAUCAGAUUCAGUCUCUACAAGAGGAGAUAAAAGCUCUACAGGCUCGCUUACGGGCAGCUGAAGCAGAGAGAGACGGCGUUCUGCAGACUCUGGAGCUCCACAGGCUCGUGCACACUCCGUCUCCGGCAGCAGCGCACUCCUCAGGGGAGGGACCUGUUGAGGGACGAUCCCUCCCGCACAAGCCGGCAUCCUCAGGGUCAAGCAGGCGCAAAAGACGCCACAGGUCGAAGCAGGAGCGCAAAGCCGGCUCUGCUGCUUCAGACGACAGAGACGAGCGACUAAAGGAGGAGGAAGAGAGAGCUAAAAGUGCUGCAGAGGAGGAGAUGCUGCCUCAGACGCAGAGCCGAGUUAUGUCACGUUCACCAGAGAGGGCCGGUAAGGAGGACUCCGCUGAUGGGUACCAGGGAGACGGAGACAGAGACUACAUCAACAAAGCAGUUAGCAGACAGGGGAUAGGCUGCCACACGGAGCGUGUCGAGUGUCAAGGAGCAGAAGAGGAGGAAGAGACCUCUGAGCAUGAUGAGUGGAGGCUGCAGAUGGAAGCUCAGCGUAUCAGCCUGUCUCAGAUCCACGCCGCUCAGCUGGAGCUGCUACAGGAAGAGACGGACACCUGCACGCGCUCUCUGGACCUGAAACUGCAGGACCUGAGACACCAGAGCGGCCAGGGUGGCAGAAAAAUCUCCAAGUACAUGAUAGAAGCCGUUUCAGAAGAAUGCAGUGAGAUAAUUCGGUCUUUUCAAAAGAUUUUUGGCAAAGAGUUUUUGGAGCGUGUCAACACAGCAGGCCUGCCGCUUAUUUCAGAGGAAGGGCCAGCAGCUAGUGAAUCCACCUCCAUUGUUCAGGAGGCUAGAGAGUUAUACAGCAAUCUUUGGCAGGUGACUGAGAGAAUUCAGCAUGAACAUGAACGUCUUUCUCAGCUCCAAGCUCUGCUGAGAUCUGAUGGGAAUAAGAUAAGUGAACUGCAGAUGGCCUAUGAUGAAUUGAAGAUCAACAGUGAGAAGCAGGUGUCUGACCUGAAUGUACAGCUUGCCUCAAUAAGCCUUUCUUCAAGCAGAGAUCUAGGGGAGCAGUCUGGGGAAUCUGCCUCGGCUUCAGUGGAGCUCCAGAGGCUGAAGGCUGAGGCUCAGGUGAAGCAGCUCCAGCUGGAGGAGAGCCACCGACAGGAAAUGGAGCGCCUCAGGGGCCACUACCAGCAGCAGGCCGCAGAGACGGAGGAGCGCUACGCUACGGAGCUGUUUGUGCUGCAGCAGCGACUGCAGGAGACCACAGGAGCUCAAACGUACUACAGCUUGUCCAGCGCUUCAGAGUCCAGCUGUGAGGGGAUGGAGGAACGCAGAGAGGAACUAAAGGAACAGACUGAGGACGGUGUUUCAGAGGGAAGCGAAGGGUUGCGCCACUCUGCCAGGUUAUCUGGCCUGACGGCGCAGCUGCAGGCGCUCAGGAAUGCUCUGCACCACAAAUACAACCAAGAGGUGGCUGCUCUCAAAGAGCAGCACAGCAGUGAGCUCAGAAGACUUAGAGAAGAGAGGGAGCACUGGGAAGACAGAGGAGAGAUAAAGCUGGAUCUCAAUGGUGUAAACGGGGCUGGAAGCUCCAUGGAGAGCCUCGGGGCAGCUGGACAGGUCCUCGUGGAGGAGAGGCUGCAUCAGGAGAUGGUGGAGGAGGAAGUUGCAAAGGCCAUAGUUCAGAUGUCUGUGGAGUUCGCUCAGCAGACUGAGCUGGCUCGAAUCAAAAAAAGUGCCAGCCAGACAAGCACCUCCAUGCAGACCCAGAUGGAUGACGAGGAAGUCGAUGGGGAGGUGGAGGAGCAGACUCCAAGGGCUUCCCCGCCUGCGGGCGUCUGGUUAGAGGAACCGGAGAGAGAAAAAUUGGAACGGGAACUGGAAGAGAGGAACACUGAGAUCAGAAAGCUAAAGGUGGAGCUGCAGAAAACUAAAUUUGAGCAGGCCUUAAAGAAGAGAGACGAUGAUGAGAAGCAAGAUGGGGAAGGAGAGGAAGAUUCAGAUCACACACCUGUAACUGGAAGACUCAAAAUAUCAAAGCAGGAUGAUGGGGAGUCUUCAGAUAAAGAUACUGAAAGAAACUUGCCCUGUGAAGCCAACAAAAAGCUCAGCCAAGUGCUUGUAGAUGUACUGAAGACAACCGCUGCUGCUGAGGAAACUUUAGGCCUCCACAUGCAAAGAUUGCUUGAAGCGUCAGCUGGAGUGCAGCCUCCUGAGUCAACCACACAGGCAGAAACCUGCCACAGUGACGAUGCAGAAACUUGCCAGAGCAGGGAAACUGGUGCCAACACAAGGCUCUGGUCUGGUAAGUUGGAGGUUGAAGAGGGUCUGGAGAUGUCCCGACAGAUGAUGGACAGGCUGCUCCUUGGGGCAGAAUCACAGCUCUGGAACGAGGAAUAUUUUCUGGGCAUCAGCGGAAGACUUCAGAUAGCUGUGGAGAAGAUGUUGAUGACCAUCACAGACACAACUAACCAGCUGGAGCAUGCCCGGAUGACCCAGACUGAACUGAUGCGCGAGUCCUUCCGCCACAACCAGGAGAUCACAGACCUGCUGCAGAAGCAGGAGGAGCUGCAGGAGAGGGUGACGGAGGAGGCUCGAGCCCGGGAGCAGCUGGCUCUGGAACUCCACCGCGCUGAGGGUCUCAUAGAUGGCUACACGGGUGAACGAGCUGCACUAGAGGAGCAGUUGCGCCAGAAGGAAGAGCUCCAGCUGAGCCUCGAGCAAGAGCUGCAGGUAACAGGAAGCCGGCUGCACGAGUUGGAGCAGGAACGGCUUCAGAUGCUCGAGGAGCGUGAGCUGGUGUCACGGCAACAGGAGGCCAUGAGGGAAGAGGCGGGGCCACGUGAGCUUUGCCUAGUUGAAGCUGCAAUGGUUGCAGCACCUGAAGCAGACCUGCUAGAGGAAACUGAGAAGCUAAUGAAAGAGAAGGUGGAGGUUCAGCGGCAAGCUGAGAAGGAGAACACGGAUCUCCUAAAGCAGGUGAAGCAACUGGAGGAUGAGCUGGAGGAGCAGGUGAACAGAGUGAUUGAGCUGGAGCACUCUCAGAAGACAGAGACUGGAGACCUUCAACAGCAGAUUCAGGCCCUGGAGAAACAGCUGGAGAAGAACAAGAAGUUUCUUGACGAGCAAGCUGUGGAUCGAGAACACGAGAGAGACUUUUUCCAGCAGGAGAUCCAGAAACUGGAACAGCAGCUGAAGAACCCGCAGAAGCUUCAGAUUGGUUCUGAGCAAAGAAACAAAGAGGUGGAUGGAGUAAUCCUAAAGGUGGAGCAGCUAAACACCCAGCUGAAGGAGAAGGCAGAUUGGUGCAGUGAGCUGCUGCUCGGCUCCGAGCAGCUGCGUCGUGAGUUGGGAGAGCGCGACGAAGAGAUUGAAAAGCUGGAGGGCCGCAUCCGCGAGCUGGAGCAGGCCCUGCUGGCCAGCGCUGAGUCCCUGGAGAAGGUUGAACAAAAGAAGCAGCAUGCAUCCAUCACUGAGACGAGACACUCCACAUUGGAGGCUCAGCUGCAGACGGAGAGAGAAGCUCUGGAGAGGAAAGAGAAAGAGAUCUGUAACUUGGAGGAGCAGCUGGAGCAGUUCAGGGAGGAGCUGGAGAAUAAGAGCGAGGAGGUGCAGCAGCUUCACAUGCAGCUGGAGAUCCAGAGAAAGGAGAUCAGCAGCCAGCAGCAAUUCGUAGAAACGAGGGACAGUAUGCUUCAGGUGAUGGAGGAGAGGGACAAGGAAAUAGCUCUUCUUAAUGAACAGAUCUCUAAGCUUCAAUACAUGGAAACAGCCUCUGACAACAAGGCAAUUGAUGCAAGGGAGGAGCAGAUUAAAGAGCUGGAGUCCCAGGUAGAGUGUCUGCGGAGUGAGCAAGACCGCCUAAAGAAGGAUAAAGAAGAAGAGCUGGACCAGCUGAAUGCAGUAAUAGAGAAACUGCAACAGGAACUGGCCAAUAUUGAGCAAAAACAGCCCGCAGAAGAGGAGGAGGACGCUAAAGGAGAGCUGGAGAGCAGCGCAUGGGGACCAACCAAAGAGGAGUACGACAAAAUGAAGCAAAAGAUGGACGUAGCCACCAAAGAGCUGGACGCGCUGAAAGCGGAGCAUGGUAAACAUCUGGAGACGUACCUGCGCUUGAAGCAGAGUGCAGAAGCCUUAGCUGAAACUGAAAAUCUGGACAGCGCAGAAAGUGAGCUUGAAGAAGCUCUAAGGGAAAAAACUGCGGGUCUUGUGGUUCUGCAGGCUGAAGUUCAGGCUUUAGAGCAGAGUGCUGCAUCCAGACUGGAGGAGUUAGGGCUCCGAAUCCAGGAGCUUGAGGACUUGGUCGAUGAGAAGGACUCUGAGAUGAAUCGCUGUCUACUGAAGGUGUCCACUCUGGAGGAAAAUCUGAGGGAGAAAGUGGCUGAAGCUCUGGUUAGCCAGGCUACACUGGAAGCCUUCCAGCAGCAGCAGCAGAUGAGGUCUGAAAGUUCAAAACAACAGCAGGAGCUGCAGAAACACCCUGCAUCAGCAGUGCAUGAGUUUGGUGACUUUGGUAUCCCACAAAUGGAUUUCAGCAGUAUGAGUCAGACCAAACAGGCGCCUAGAGGGAAGGUGGUACAUCUCACACAGAAGCUUCGGGACCUGGAGGCUGGACUGAGUGGGAUGCAGAAAGACCAGGAACUCCAGAAGCAGCUGCUUUCCAGCUCCGAGGAGGAGGUGCUAGAGUAUGAGAGGAGGCUGGCUGUGCUCAUGGAUCUCCUCAGUCAGAUGAAGGCCGGGUCGCACCAAAGAACAGCACCGUCUGUGGAGGCCUCCUCUGCUGAGCAGCAGGACGUGUCAGAGCUUCUUCAAGAGCUGCAGGAGGUCAGAGAGGAGGCCUCCGUCACCAAAGAGCAUCUGCAGAGCUUCCAGGAGAGCUGCAGCAGACUCAAACAGGAACUCCAUGAAAAAACUGUGACCGUGGAGAGACUCCAGGACCAACUUCAAACAAUGUCAACAAGUGCUGAGGAAGAGACGAAGAUGUCUGAGCUUGAAGGGAGACUGAUUGAGGCUCAGACUGAGGCGGCUUCUGCCAAGGAGGAGCUGAGCAGCUGCAGGGAGAGUUUGGAUAAACUGCAGGAGCUGCUGCAGGAGCGGGAAAUGACCAUUGCUCACCUAAAAGGAGAACUUUUCCAAGUAAAAGCUGCAGAAGAUGGAGCUGACAUGACCGGGCUCCUCCAGGAGCUCGAGGAGGCCAAACGAGAAGCUGCUUCCACCAAAGAAGAACUAAAUCUGUCCAGGAAGCAUCAUGAGAAACUUCAAGAGGACAUCCAAGAUCGUGAGGUCUCGCUUUCUAAACUCAGAGAGGAGUUCCAGGAGAUGAGAAGGUAUGUGGACGUUUCCAAAGAAGAACUUACUAAAUAUCAACAGCAUAAUGAGAAACUCCAAGAGGACGUUCAAACUCGUGAAGUGUCUCUCUCUGAGGUCAGAGAGGAGCUUCAGGAGAUGAGAAGGUAUGUGGACGUUUCCAAAGAAGAACUUACUAAAUAUCAACAGCAUAAUGAGAAACUCCAAGAGGACGUUCAAACUCGUGAAGUGUCUCUCUCUGAGGUCAGAGAGGAGCUUCAGGAGAUGAGAAGGAAUGUGGACGUUUCCAAAGAAGAACUUACUAAAUAUCAACAGCAUAAUGAGAAACUCCAAGAGGACGUUCAAACUUGUGAAGUGUCUCUCUCUGAGGUCAGAGAGGAGCUUCAGGAGAUGAGAAGGAAUGUGGAUGUCACCAAAGAAGAGCUCAGAAGCUACAAACAGCAAAAUGAGAAACUCCUUGAGGAGCUUCGAAUCCAAGAGCUCUCUAUUUCAAGGCUUAAAGAGGAGCUGCAAGAGGCGCAGACAGCUUUGAUGAAGACAUCAGAAUCUGUUCCUCCAUCGCCCUCUCCUUCUCCCUCCCCAUCUCUAUCUCCUCAGCCUGCCUUCUCUGGCUCCUUAACAUCCACCUCACAGCCCAAAAGGAAAGGAGGCAAACAGCCAGCUGCGAAGGGAGGUGCUGCCAAAGAGAAGCCAUCCCUCUCCCGGAAAAACUCUGGCCCUUCCACCAAGUCCUCACCAAGUCCUCACCAGAGGCCUCAGGUGAACAGCAGCUCAGACCAGCAUCAUGAUGCUACAACAGACUCCUUCACGCAAACCGAACCCUUCCAAAUGACCGAUCUCAGCCAGUCCGCCGCCAAGGAGCAAAUCGAGGAAGUGAUCGGAGAGUUUCAGGAGAAGAUCAUCCAGAUGCAGGAGCUCCACGCGGCAGAGAUCCUCGAUAUGGAGGCUAGGCACAUUUCAGAGAGUGAGAACCUUCGCAGAGACACACAAGCCCUGGAAGACGAGUGUAAAGGCCUGAAGGCUGUCAUUGACAAACUGUGCUCCACUGAGGUGCCUCCGUCAAGACAAGAUCGUCCUGCAUCACAGUUUAAAGAUGGCUACACCAGUGACAGUAGUUCAGACUACAGCCAGAGGACCGGAUUUGAUCUCCCGAGCUUGCAGCAGGAAUUCAGGACGACUCCAGAGGGCGCCAGGAGAGAAACCGAUGAUCCUCUGCCUGACCGGAUAAAAACGUUGCUCCGCGAGGUGCACCAGGAAGGGAUGCAGGUUCUGUCCCUGUCUGAGCUGCCGCUCUCUGAAGGAGAGCAGGGCGGCCAGUUCAACGUGGAAGGUUGGGUGAAGGAGAGAGACGCCCUGCUGGCGACGGUUCAGUCUCUCAAAGGCCUCAUCACCCAGUUGCAGACACACAGCCAAUCACAGACGUCAGGCGGCGGCGCGGACUGGCGCGCGGAGCUGCUGGAUGCAGUGCGGCAGGUGUUUGUGAGGGAGAGGAGCGUGCUGAAGAGCGCCCUCUACAGCCAGCUGGACCUGCUAGAAACCAGCGACGCAAUCGUUCACCUCAAUCUGCUGGAACGCCGACUGGCUGAACAGGACGCUCACCACAGGGAGGCCAUGGGGUCGCUCCACAUCGCAGAUAGGUCAAGUCUCAUCUCUGAGAUUCGUCAGCUCCGGGGUCAACUGGAGCAGCUUCAUCAAAGCGCACAGCCUGGUCUGUCUUUAGCUGCUGAUCGUAGCGCGAAGGAGCAGAGAGGAGGAGCCACUGAUGGAGCAGCUGAGGCAGACAGAUUGAUCUUGGAGGAGCUGAAAGCUGAACUUUCACAGACAAAACUGGAGUUGGAGACGACGCUUAAAGCUCAACACAAACACCUGAAAGAACUGGACACACUCAGGGCGGAGGUUUCCCAGAAAGCUGUAGAGGUGGAUGUUCUGAAUGAUCAGCUGACGGAGGAGAGGAAGAGAAGCAGAGAUCUUCAGUGGACAGUGGAGAAGGAGAGGUGUCAAUCUGGUAGAGAUAAGGAGAGCAAACGAGAGGAACUGGAGGACCUGCAGCUGGCUCUAGUUGAGCAGAAGGCUCACGUAGACCGACUGACUCAGAGCCUUCAACAGGAGCAGCAGGCCUCCUCUCAGCUCUCCCAGCAAGCAGAGGAGGAUCGCCUCGGCCUACACAGACGCCUGCAGGAAGUCCAGGUCCAGCUGGAGACUGAGCGAGCGAAAGUCCUGGAGAUGAGCUCUGCUUUGGGGAGAGAGAGGGAGCUGCGAACUGGCGUCUUCUCCGACGGCGCGCCCUCCAAUGAGGAGAGCGCCCACGAGGACGGGAGGGAGCCUGAAGCGGAGGGAAGUCUGCUGGAAAGACUGCAGAGGGAGCUGGACGACAAACACACACAGGUGGUCCAUCUUCUCGGUCAGGUGGAGGCCCAGCGGCUCGAAGUGGUACGAAUCGAAGAGGAGCUGACACUAGCAAAUCAGAAGUCCAGACGAGAUCAGGACGGGCUUCAGGAGGCACGAGCCCAUCUUGAAAGGCUGAUGGUGCAAAUGUCAAAGGUCCAACAGCAGCUGGACGGAGAGCUGGAGAAGAGGAAGAGUCUGGAGGAAGAGAAGGAGAGACUGGAGGAGAGGAUGCACCAGUUAGGAGCGAGGAAGGAGAGUGGACCUCAGAGUCAGGCUGUCGGGCCCAGCGAGCACAACGAUCGAACCAAAGACUGGGUUCUCCAGCAGAAGAGUGGGAACGCUCAGUCAGCGAGCACCAGCGCAUCACCUCAAAUGGAGGGUUCCCCAGCAGAUCUCCCUGGCGGACCACACCACGGUCCAUGGCGCACAGUCGACAGGAUUGUAGAGAAGCUCCACCUUGUUUCUUCAAAGAUCCGCUGCAUGGCCAGCAAGGCUCUGGGCAGGUCGACCGCGGAGGUUGACAGCGAGGAGCUCUCAUGGGUUCAAUCCAGUGUUGAUGAGGUCAUCAACAUGCUGCAGCAAUCCCCAGGGUUACCCUCCAUCUCAGAGAGUGUUUCCCUGAUGGCAGGAGGCUCCUCCAGCUCCUCCAACAACCUGAUGGAGCGGCUGCUGAGGCAGAACGCAGAGCUAACGGGGUUUGUGAGCCGUCUGACCGAGGAGAAGAACGAUCUGAGGAACCACACGCUACGCUUGGAGGGGGAGCUGCGGCGCAAUCGGCAGGCUGGAGCGGGAUCGGGCGACAACCCCAGCAAGAGAGAUGUGUCAAAAGCAGACUCUGCAGGGAUGCUCCUUUCUAAGGAACGGGAAGCUUGGACCCAAGAGAAGCUCCAUCUGGAAAAAGCUUUACAUCUGUCCCAGUCCCAGUUGGCCCGUCUCAGGGGAGAAAUCAGGUCUGACACACUGCGAGAGAUAACCGGGCCUGAGGCUGACAAUUCUGCACUGAAAAGAAUGUACGGGAAGUACCUAAGGGCCGAAAGUUUUAGGAAAGCAUUGAUCUACCAGAAGAAGUAUCUGCUGUUACUGCUUGGCGGUUUUCAGGAGUGUGAGGAAGCCACUCUGUCGCUCCUGUCCAGGAUGGGUGGCCGACCUUCGCUUUCCAGCCUGGAGUCCUUCAGCCACCGCCACCGGGGAUUAACUCGCUUCCGCUCAGCCGUCCGAGUAUCCAUCGCCCUCUCCAGAAUGCGUUUCCUUGUAAAGCGAUGGCACAAGGCGACGGGGAUGAGCUCCACGGUCUCCUGUGGCAUCAGCAAGAACGGAACAGGUUCAGACGUGAGACACUCUGGAUAUCUUCACCCAGGUAGUGUGGAUGUGUACAGAGACGGAGGAGGAGGAGGAGGAGGAGUCUCCAGCAGCAGAGGAAGAAGUGGACGAGAAUCUCCACGAUCGGGUGUCUCUUGCUCACACCACAGGUUUCACAUGGCGGCGGAUCACGGAGCUCUCACCUGUUCACACCUGCAGAGCUACGACCCCGACCGAGCACUUACCGACUACAUCUCCAGGCUGGAGGCUCUACAGAGGAGGCUGGGAAGUGUGACGUCAGGUGCUUCUUCAUACACUCAGUUGCACUUUGGCUUGAGAAGAUAAAUGCUGACAAACUGCUUUGGCUUGAAGAAACUCAGUUGCCUUUUCUCGUGCGGAGCGCUCUGCUGUUUUCUAUCAUCCUGCUGUGGACUAUGUCUCUCAACGUGGACCAAAACACAUUUUUAUAUUCGCGUACGACAUGUUGUACCCAGGCUUUGUGUCGCUGACACUUGAAACACAGCAAUGUUUGUAAUUUAAUCUGCCUCUUUGUUGUGGAUGAUCUUCAAUCAUGUAUAUUUGUCUGAUGCUAAUUUAAAGACAUUUUGUGAUUAAUUUAUAUGUUUGUUGUUGCGUGGGUGGAGCGGCGUUGUGUUGAGAAUGUUUGGGUUUACUGUUAAGGAGGCUGCUAUUGGAUGUUCUUCACUACACUGUGUUUUGUUUAGACCGGGCAGACUAAAGGGAGACAUUUGUAGAGAACGUAUUUUUGUAAAGCGUAGGAGCUUUCAAUUUUCGGGGUAUUUUGUCAAACUGAAAUAAAGAGGACUGCAUUAUUUCAAA